AUGCCCGUGCGCCCGCACUCCAGCAGCAGCUCGCUCAGACCCAGCACCCGGCUCCUGCCCCGGACUCUGUGGGGAAUCCACCGGGCACCGCCCCUCCCACCGCAUGCCCCGCCUCCCUUUUCCCGCCGCAGCCUUCCAUUGGCUCGAGGAGACAGACCGGAAGUGUGGCGCCUUCCGCCGGAUGAGAGGGGGCUGAGUAACGGGAAGUGUGGCUUCCCAGCUUGGUCCAGCUCCGGGAUCUCUAAGUGUCCUUCCAUCACUCCUGGUCACCCCUCACCCAAGGCCAUGGCUUCGGCCUCAGGCCCAGGCCGGGACAGCUCCUUGCUGGCGGCUGAGCUGAGGGAGGAGGCGAGAGCUGAGGCAGAGGAGGAGAGCAGGGGUCUGUGUGAGCAGAUGCUGCUGCAGGCCAUGCAGAAGAUCCUGGAUGCCCAGUCACCCAUGCCCGACUCCAGGCAGAUCCAGCCCAAGCCUGGUUUCUGCGUCAAGACUCGCUCCGCAGAGGGGAAGGUUUUCAUCAACGUGUGUCAAUCGGAUGCCAUCCCGGCCCCUGCAGAUCUCAGUGAGCAGGAGCUGCUGUGUGUGCUCGAGGGGGAUCAGGCUGCCUUCCGCAUCCCCAUGAGCCUGGGGGAGCCCCAUGCUGAGCUGGACCGAGGAGGGAAUGGCUGCACGGCCUAUGAUGUCGCCAUCAACAGUGACUUCUACAAGAAGCUUCGGAGCAACGACUUCUUCUUGGAGUUUUUUGUCACGGUGGCUAUGGAGGGUCUAGAGGACAAAUAUGGGACCCAGCUCAGCCGAGAGUGGCGCCUGCUGAAACACCGGCCCUUCCUGGGCUCCAUCUCCCAGCAGAACAUCCGGACACAGAGCCAGCCACGACCUCCAACCAUCCAGGAGCUUGGAGACAGCCCCAGCACUGAGGAUCCCCCUCUGAGGCUCUGGCUAGAGGCCCCAGACCUGCUCCUGGCUGAGGUGGUCUUGCCCAAAGUGGCCUCAGCCCGGGAGCUCUCGCUGCAGCUUGGGGGGGACCGACUAGUCCUGGGGGCACCGGGAACCCCCUACCAUGUAGAUGUCUUUGUCCCCCACGACAUCAACCAAGAACAGUGCAGGGCUGCCUUCAACCAGAAGAGCAAGACCCUGAUGAUCUCCCUGCCCCUGAGCAGCAGGACCCAGGCUCUGUAGGUGGAGGCCCGGCCUGAACGGACGUCCUUGUUUUCCCUGACUCCCUUUUAAAUAAAAACUUUUUACAUAGAAG